GUGAUGUCGUCGUCGAGUAUCGAGUAUCGUCUUUUGUAAAGUUUUAUCAAGAUAUUCCCGGACUGCCUAAGUUGGUGAACGUGAUAAGCUUUUCUAGUAGCAUAUGUCUCUAAAAGUGACUUCUCGUAAAAUUUGUUUAGUGUCGGACUUGGACAAAGAUUUGUGAUUAUAAGUUUCUAAUUUUAGUCAUCCCUAGUGGGAUAGUUUGGCAAAAUGAUGACCGAAAAUAGAAUUAGUUCAACUAAUCACGUCGUAAAUAGUAUGAGCAAUCAGAACAAGGGAGACGUCGAUAAAACUAUUGACGACAUCGGUUGGAAAUCAAAAUUAAAAAUACCCCCAAAGGACAGAAGAAUUAAGACUAGUGAUGUAACAGAUACUAGAGGUAAUGAAUUUGAAGAGUUCUGCUUGAAACGUGAGCUGUUAAUGGGUAUUUUUGAAAAAGGAUGGGAAAAACCAUCCCCUAUUCAAGAGGCUUCAAUCCCCAUUGCACUCAGUGGAAAAGAUGUACUCGCAAGAGCUAAGAACGGAACUGGCAAAACUGGCGCUUACUGUAUUCCAGUCUUAGAGCAGGUUGAUCCUAAAAAAGAUUGUAUUCAGGCUUUAAUUGUGGUACCAACAAGAGAGUUAGCACUUCAAACAUCACAAAUAUGUAUAGAACUGGCAAAGCACACAGACAUACGUGUGAUGGUGACUACAGGAGGCACAAACCUUCGAGAUGACAUUAUGCGCAUUUAUCAAAACGUUCAAGUUAUAAUUGCGACGCCAGGUCGUAUGAUUGAUCUCAUGGAUAAGAAAGUUGCCAAGAUGGAACACUGCAGGAUGUUGGUCCUUGAUGAAGCAGAUAAACUUCUUUCUCAAGAUUUUAAAGGAAUGUUGGACAUGGUUAUUUCGAGAUUACCCAAAGAACGCCAGAUCUUGCUAUUUUCAGCUACUUUCCCAUUGAGUGUUAAGCAGUUCAUGGAGAAGCACCUGAGAGAGCCCUACGAAAUUAACCUCAUGGAGGAAUUGACUUUGAAGGGUGUCACACAAUAUUAUGCAUUUGUUCAAGAAAGACAGAAAGUUCAUUGCCUAAAUACAUUAUUCUCAAAGUUACAAAUAAACCAGUCUAUUAUAUUCUGCAAUUCAACCCAGCGUGUAGAACUGUUGGCGAAGAAGAUAACAGAAUUGGGAUAUUGCUGCUAUUAUAUUCACGCCCGUAUGGCGCAGGCGCAUCGUAACCGGGUGUUCCACGAUUUCCGCGCAGGGCUGUGCCGCAAUUUAGUAUGUUCCGAUCUGUUCACUAGAGGCAUAGACGUGCAGGCGGUGAAUGUGGUAAUCAAUUUCGACUUCCCGCGCAUGGCGGAAACUUACUUGCAUCGCAUCGGGCGUUCGGGGCGGUUCGGCCACCUUGGUAUUGCGAUCAAUCUAAUCACGUACGAGGAUCGGUUCGCUUUACAUCGUAUUGAGCAGGAGUUGGGUACUGAGAUAAAGCCGAUUCCGAAGUCGAUCGAUCCCGCGCUGUACGUGGCGCGCCCCGACGACGAGGCUGACUAGUAACGCCGCGCCGCUCUACUCACGCGCUCGGUGCAAUUAGACACUAUCUGGACUUGCUGACUGGUGAAUGGAAUUAGAUUAAAACUAC